AUGACUUCCUCCGAGACUUCCCGGGGCCACCCUGACCCCCACUUUGGGAACAGCCCUCCUGUGUUUUCCUUCCGGAGUGUGAGCCAAGGCGUGUGUGGGCAGCUGACCCAGCUCUGGCCACCGGGUUUCGGCACCAUCAGCCCGGCCCCCAGGUCCAUCCUGUCAUGGCCAAGGUCCAGCCGGGCUGGUGAAACCCCAAGAACAACAGCCCUGGCUCUGGCUACACAGAGGAGCUCAAGCCAGGGACCUUCCAGGCUGCGCAGCCCCUGGGUGCCCUCGUGCCUCGGGCAGUCCUGCACGCUGCAGGGCCGACGGGCCAGGUCCUCGCCCUCGAUCUGGGACAGUGUGUUGCAGGAGCAGAAGAGCGAGCUGCGCAAGCGGCUGUCCUACACCACGCACAGGCUCCAGAAACUCGAGAGCGAGUUCGGCUCCACGCGCAGCUACCUGGAGGUCGAGCUGCGGCGCGCGCAGGAGGAGCUCGAGAAGGUCACUUUGAAGCUGCGCAGGAUUCAAAGCAACUACAUGUCGCUGCAGCGGAUCAACCGGGAGCUGGAGCAGAAGCUGUACCGCAUGGGCAAGCACUACGACGAGGAGAAGCGAGCUCUGAGCCACGAGAUAGUCGCUCUCAACAACCACCUGCUGGAGGCCAAGAUGACCAUCGACAAGCUCAACGAGGACAACGAGCUCUAUAGGAAGGACUGCAAUCUAGCGGCCCAGCUGCUGCAGUGCAGCCAGACCUACGGCAGGGUCCAUAAGGUGUCCGAGCUGCCCGCGGAAUUCCAGGAGCGCUUGAGCCUGCACCUGGAGAAGCAUGGCUGCAGCAUGCCCUCCUCGCACUGCCGCCCCGGCAGCGUGCCGCUCUGCGUCAUUGCCAAGGUGCUGGAGAAGCCGGAGCCCAGCAGCCUGUCCUCCCCCCUGUCGAUGUCGGUCUCGGUGUCGGAUGCGUCCACCCGAGACCUGGCCUUCCGCGAGGGGAUGCCCAAGUCGAGCCUGCUGCCCCCCUACAAGGAGGAUGCCUACUGCAGCGACUCGGCCCUCUUCUGCCCCGAGGAGCCGGAGUUCCGGCGCGAGGCCUUCCCUGGCGAGGCCUUCCCUGGCUACGCGGCCUCGCUGCCCACGUCCAGCUCCUACUCGAGCUUCAGCGCCACGUCGGAGGAGAGGGAGCAUGGCGAGGCCAGCACCAUGACCGCCUCGCAGCGGGCCGUCUACCUGGAUGGCCGCGAGCAGCUCUUCCAGCGCCAGCCGGCCCCCACCUACCAGAGCAGCCGGCCCUAUGCCAAGGCCUCCGGGGCCCUGCUGGAAGCCCCGGUGCCCCCAGAGUUCGAGCUCGAGACGACCUUCCCCUCCUACCAGGCUGAGCCCUUCAGCCUCCAGGCCGUCCCCAAGACCCUGGUGUCUCCCAACCUGUGGAGCCUGCGGGCCAAGUCCCCGUCAUCCCGCAUGCCCCGGGGGGAGGCGCGCAGCCCGCGCGAGCAGUGGCGCCCCGUGCACGUGGAGGAGAUGGGGGCCCACGCCUUCCCGGCCCCCUCGCGGCGACUCUCGCCCCGCAGCUUCUCCCAGCGCCACUACGCCAACGUGGCGCAUGGCCGCGCCAGCCCCCUGUACGCCAGCUACAAGGCCGACAACUUCUCGGAGGAUGACGACUUCUCCCAGGGCCACCUGGCCGAGUCCUGCUUCCUCGGGGCGUGCGGCUCUGCCAAGCCCAUGCCCAGCUACGCUGCCAGCGAAGAUGAUGGCGACAGGCCCCAGGGGCAGCUGUGCGGGGUGGCCAGCCCCGAGCCCGACAGCCUCUUCAGCUCCAGAGAUUCCUUCGAGCCCAGCUCCAUGGAGGGUUCCCCUGAAAUGCAUCUCGCGGCCCGCCGGAACCCCCAGGCAGCCUUCUCCCGGAGCCGGAGCUCCGGCCUCAGCCGCAAGGAUAGCCUCACCAAAGCCCAGCUCUAUGGAACCCUGCUCAACUAAACGCCUGCCCACAGGCCAAGGCCACGGCCAGGGGCACCCGCCGCCCACUGUGCACUCUAGGGCGCUGCCCCACCUAUCUGGACACUUACCCCCUGGGCCCUGCCCACAAUGACCCCUCUCUGCCUCGAACUGACCCCUCUGCCUCAAACUGACCCCUCUCUGCCUCUUACUGACCCCUCUGCCUCAAACUGACCCCUCUCUGCCUCUUACUGACCCCUCUCCCUCUUACUGACCCCUCUCUGCCUCAAACUGACCCCUCUCUGCCUCGUACUGACCCCUCUCCCAUGUAGUGACCCCUCUCUCCCUUGUACUGACCCCUCUGCCUCGUAGUGACCUCUCCCACAGUGAUCCCUCUGCCUCGUAGUGACCCCUCCCUCGUACUGACCCCUCUCCCACAGUGACCCCUCUGCCUCGUAGUGACUUCUCUGACUUGUAGUGUCUCUCUCCCUCGUAGUGGACCCUCUCUCCUACAUAGUGACCCCUCUGCCUUGUAGUGACCCCUCUCCCACAGUGACCCCUCUCUCACAUAGUGACCCCUCUCCCUCGUAAUGAUCGCUCUCUGCCUUGUAGUGACCCCUCUCCCCUGUAGUGACCCCUCUCCCCCGUAGUGACCCCUCUCCCCCGUAGUGACCCCUCCCCCGUAGUGACCCCUCCCUCGUAGUGACCCAGUGCAGCCUGAGAAGAGGACCCUGUGAUGUGUGACCCCAGCGCCACCACGACGGAACUCCCCGAGGACGUUUCUCACACCAACAUCGUUCCCCACCCGAGAUGAGCAUUCCCCCCUUUUAUAAAGUGAAACUAUUUUUCUAGAGAAAAAGGGUCUUUCUCAACGCACGUGGCCUCCAGCUCCCUGAUGGCCGCCUUGCGUUUCCAACACACAGCUCCUUUGUUUUCCGGGCGAGGACAUGAGGGGCCUGGCCCUUGGAGGGAAGGACAGUGUUGACACCUCGAAAGCCAGCGGCAAGGAAACCUGGAGCUCUGCCCACGAGGAGGGGAACCAGCGGGUGGAGGGACGUGAGACGUCGUGAACUGUUUCCGCGUGCGGCUGACCCGCACCCAGCUCUCCCGUGGUCGUCGUCCCGAGUCGGGCCGGUGCUCAUCCCCCAGUUCCCGGUGCUCGUCCCCGUGUCCCGCUGCCCGCACCACCUGGCUCUACCUCAGCCGUCAAGAGCCUCUCGGACUCCGACCCCCGACCCCGUCCCCCGUCCUGUGGCUUGCUCUCCUGUCGUCUGUGAUGCAUGCCGUCCAGUCACUACUGUAUUUGACACUCUCUAAUAAACGUGGUGGAAAGCA